AUGAUCGGACAGGGAAAGGCCCGCAAGGGUGCCGGUGUCAUUCUCAAGAUGGUGCAGGACGGCCGCAUUGCCGGUCGCUCUAUUCUGAUCGCCGGGCCGCCGAGCACGGGCAAGACUGCUAUUGCCAUGGGCAUGGCGCAGACUCUCGGAUCGGACGUGCCGUUUGUCAACCUGACCGCGUCGGAGGUCUUCUCUCUUGAGACCGAGGCGUUGACCCAGGCUUUCCGCCGCGCCAUCGGUGUGCGCAUCAAGGAAGAGACCGAGCUCAUCGAGGGAGAAGUUGUGGAGAUUCAGGUCGACCGCAGUGUGACCGGUGCCACCAAGACGGGACGCCUCACGCUCAAGACGACGGACAUGGAGACCGUCUACGACCUCGGUUCGAAGAUGAUCGACCAGCUUCAGAAGGAGAAGGUUCUCGCCGGCGAUGUCAUCAGCAUCGACAAGGCGAGCGGACGGAUAUCCAAGCUUGGCCGGUCGUUUGGCCGCGCCAAGGACUACGAUGCUAUGGGUGCCGACACCCGCUUCGUCGCGUGCCCCGACGGGGAGCUGCAGACCCGCAAGGAGGUUGUUCACACCGUGUCGCUGCACGAGAUCGAUGUCAUCAACUCGCGAACGCAGGGCUUCCUUGCUCUCUUCGCCGGCGACACGGGAGAGAUCAAGCCCGAGCUGCGCGACCAGAUCAACGCCAAGGUCGCCGAGUGGCGCGAGGAAGGCAAGGCUGAAAUUGUUCCCGGUGUCCUUUUCAUUGACGAGGUGCACAUGCUGGACAUCGAGUGCUUCUCCUUCCUGAACCGCGCUCUUGAGAGCGACCUCGCCCCGCUGGUCGUCAUGGCCUCAAACCGUGGCAUCUCCCGCAUCAGGGGAACAAAGUACAAGAGCCCGCACGGUAUCCCCGCCGACCUGCUCGACCGCAUGCUCAUCAUCUCGACCACCAAGUACUCGGAGGAGGAGAUCAAGGAGAUUGUUAAGAUCCGUGCCGACGAGGAGGACGUCAAGGUGCACCCGGAUGCGCUCGAGCUGCUCGCCACGAUGGGCGGACAGACGUCGCUCCGGUACGCCCUGAACCUUAUUGCGCCCUCAUCGCUUAUCGCGACGCGGCGUAAGAGCCCCCAGAUCGAGGUUGAUGACAUCCGUCUCGCGUACAAGUACUUCCUCGACGUCGACCGCAGUGCCGCCUACGCCAAGGAGACGAGCGGAAUGCUCUUCGGUGAGGAGGAGGUCGUCCUCGUUGAUGCGGACAAGGCUGAGGCCCAGCCGGCCAAGGCUGACGGCGAGAAGAUGGACACGAGCGCGUAG